GCCGCCGCCGCCGCCGCCGUGCGCUCGCCGGGCCGGGCGGAGCUGCGCAGUCCUCUCGCAGCUGCGCCAGGACAGCCGGCGCGCGGCCGUGCCCACAAGUUGCCGGCGGCCGAGCUCCGCGCCGCCGCCUCCUGCUCGCAGCCCCCUACGCCGACCCCGCGGUGGUGGAGGGCGCCAGGACGCACAUACUGAGGACGCCGACCCCAGAUGUAAAGCGGGACAGCGGUGCCUGGUCACCUGGCGCGAUCUACAGAGUCUGGCCAGCCUCUCUCUGCCAAACCCCAGAGCUGAAAGAUGUGGCAGCCGGCCACAGAGCGCCUGCAGCACUUUCAGACCAUGCUGAAGUCUAAAUUGAAUGUCCUAACACUGAAAAAGGAGCCUCUCCCAGCUGUCAUCUUCCACGAGCCAGAGGCUAUUGAACUAUGCACCACCACACCGCUGAUGAAGACGAGGACCCACAGUGGCUGCAAGGUUACCUACCUGGGGAAAGUCUCCACCACAGGCAUGCAGUUUUUGUCAGGCUGCACAGAAAAGCCAGUCAUUGAGCUCUGGAAGAAGCACACGCUAGCCCGAGAAGACGUCUUUCCGGCCAACGCCCUCCUGGAAAUCCGACCCUUCCAGGUGUGGCUCCAUCACCUCGACCACAAAGGGGAGGCCACAGUGCACAUGGAUACCUUCCAGGUGGCCCGCAUCGCCUACUGCACCGCCGACCACAACGUGAGCCCCAACAUCUUCGCCUGGGUAUACAGGGAGAUCAACGAUGACCUGUCCUACCAGAUGGACUGCCACGCGGUGGAGUGUGAGAGCAAGCUGGAGGCCAAGAAGCUGGCCCACGCCAUGAUGGAGGCCUUCAGGAAGACUUUCCACAGUAUGAAGAGCGACGGGCGGAUCCACAGGAACAGCUCGUCCGAGGAGGUCUCCCAGGAAUUGGAAUCGGAUGACGGCUGAAGGAACUCAAUGCAUGUCAGUGAUGGCGGCAUGGGUCAAGGAAUUGAAGAUGACAGAUGAUAAGCAACCAUUCAAAUUUGGGAUGAAAAGACUGCCAAACUAUUGGCUGACCAAGCUUUUUAAAUUCAGAAGAUGAAUUCUAAAUCUAAAGAAAUGUAUCAUUAAAGUAAUUAUGUUCCAUUGAAA